GGGUAUGGGAUGGAGCAAGAUCAGUAUGAAGCCCAACUCAAGGAGCUCUUUGACAGCUUUGAUUCCACGGGCACCGGGUCUCUGGGACAGGAAGAGCUGACGGACCUCUGUCACACGCUCCAGCUGGAGGAAGUGGCUACUUUUCUACAACAAGCACUCUUUCAAGACAACCCCCUUGGCCGAGUCCACUUUGACCAAUUUAAGGAGGCCCUAAUUGAUGUGUUGUCCAGCAGACUGUCAAACAAAGAAAACUUCCAAGAAACAGAUUGCUCUUCUGAAGCCCAGCCUAAGUACAUCAAAGAUGGCAAGCGGUACGGCAGGAGAUCUGUGCCAGAGCUGCAGGACUCCCUUGAAGAGUUUGAUGAAGAGACUGUAAUUGAAGCUGAGGAUGAUGGCACACGAUCUUCCCAGGUCAGCUCCAGAAAUUGUGAAGAGCUGUGGAAGAACGAAGAAGGAGAAGAGUAUGAAGCCGAAGGCCAGUUACGGUUCUGGAAUCCUGAUGACCUCAGUGCUUCACAGAAUGUCCUAUCUUCAACUCAAGACUGGGUGGAAGAAAAGUUGCAGUUGGUCUGUGAAGACCUUGGGAUUACCCGUGACGGUCACUUGAACCGCAAAAAACUCAUCUCUAUCUGCGAACAGUAUGGCCUCCAGAAUGUAGACAAAGAGGUCCUUGAAGAUGCCUUUCAGAAUCUGGGCCAAGAUGACACAAUGAGCCUUCAAGACUUUUUCUAUGAAGUGUGUAAAAAUACCAAGCCUCUUACCCCAUCAUCCUCUACCCCAUAUCGACAACUAAAGAGACAUUUAUCUAUGCAGCCCUACGACGAGAGUGGAAGGCGAACGAUUACUCCGUCGUCCAUGACUGGGUCUGUAGGGUUCCGUCUGUUUUCGAAGCUUGAUGAUGGUACCGGCUAUGGUUCAGUGGAAGAUGUGAUAGACCUAUGGCAGGAAGACGGCGUGGAGAACAGCCAAGCCAUCCUUAAGGCAUUGGAUUUCAAUUUGGAAGGGAAAAUAAACCUCACAGAGCUCACAAUGACUCUUGAAAAUGAGCUUUUGAUGACCAAAAAUGAAGUGUACCAGGCAGCCUUGACCAGCUUCCGCUCAGAGAUCAGAUACUUGUUAGAACGAGCUGAUCAAGCUGCCAGAGAGAAAGAAAAACUUAGAUCGGAUUUGGAAAGAAAUGAAAGGUUCAAGAACAUGAUGGCUUCAGAGGUGGAUGACCAUCAUGCUGCCAUCGAGCGUCGCAAUGAAUACAACCUUCGUAAACUUGAUGAGGAAUAUAAAGAAAAAACCACGGCGCUGAGAUCUGAACUGCGAAGGGAGAGGGAGCUGAUCUUACAGCAGACCAGUCGCCAAAGAAUGGAACUGGAACACGAGCUGGAAAAAGUGAAAACAGAAGAAAAUAACCUCAGGGAUCGCCUUACAUUGUCUCUAAAAGAAAGCACCCGUUUAGAGAAUGAGUUGUUGGAGACAUCGGAGAAGCUGGUUGAAUAUGAGACUCUGGCAAACAAGCUACAAAGAAGUCUGGAUAACGUACUUAGAGAAAAGUUUGGUGACCUGGAUCCCACCUGCAUAGAGUUUUUCCGCCAAGAAGAGAAGUUGGCCCAGAUGAGAAACGAGUAUGAACGGCAGCGCAGGGAGCUGCAAGAUCAGAUUGAUGAACUUCAGCUGGAGCUUGAGGAGUACAGAUUGCAAGGUGUCAGAAGCUUCAGGUCGUCAUUAAAGAAUUCCUUGUCUUUUGAAAUGGACAGUAAAAAUGUCAUGGAAUCUGACCAAGGUAUUGGCUCUGAUGACUGCCCACCAUUAAACAUGAGCAUCGAAGCAGAAAUGGCUAUUGAGCAGAUGAGGGAGCAACAUCAAAGGGAAGUCGAGCAUCUCAGAGUGGAAUUAGAGUCCAAUGUAACCCGUUAUGAAGAACAGGUGAAAGAACUAAAAUGUUUAUAUGAGAGGGAAAAGGAAAUUGUCCAGCAAAAAUCCAAAGAGGAGGCUGAGAAAACCGAAGCGCAAAUACAUCUCCUUGAAAAGAGGCAGGUGGAACUUGAUGCUGAAAUUGUUACCCUGAAGGAAGCUCAUCAGGUAGCAGAAUCUGAACACAAGCUCCAGAUCCACAACAUGGAAGCAGAAUUUAACAAACAAAGAGCCCAACUGAUAGACCAGCAAGCUGCCAUUCAGCUUCAGCUUGAGGAGACCAAACGUACCUUCCAGAUAGAAAAAGAGGAAUUGAUCCGAAAAGCAGAGGAAGCUGAAAGGGACUUGGAAACAAAAUUGGUUGAGAGGGUCAGAAUGUUAGAGGAAGAGAAGGAACAUUUGGAGCACAGCUAUAAUGAACAAAUAGUAAAACUGCAAGAAAGACAUGACAUUGCACUUAAUGAGCUCACCGUAAAACUGUUGGAACAACAUCAACGUAACCUCCAAGAAGACAGGGGAAAAAUGGAAACUGAGUAUAAUAGAAGAAUAUCUGAAUUGGAAGAUAGAUUUGCUGAGGAAUUUGAACAGUCUACAAGGAAUCAUGGAGAAGCCUUAGUAAAUCUUGAAAAUAGGUUCAAAAGUGACUUCAAAGAGGUUGAAGAUCAGCACACAAAAGAGAAAGCCAAGUGGGAACUAGAAAAGGAAAAAAUCAUUCAAGAGAGUACAAAGGCGUGCAGAAGACUACAGGAAACAUUAGAAAAUGAAAAGGUUAAUGCGUGUGCUGCGCUUUCACAGGAGAAGGAACUUUUGGAGAAGGCCUACAAGGAAAACAUAAAUAAAGUAAUUGCUGAAAAAGAUCAAGUGCAGAGAGAGUUGGAACAACUAAAGUUGUCUUCAGAAAGGGCUAAGGAAGCACUAUCCUCUAAAAUCAUCCAGCUGGAAAAUGAUUUGAAGGAGGAGUUGACAGAGAGAGAUGAACAGUUGAGCCAAACAGAGGGAAAGGUUCAACUGCUACAAAACUCAAUUGAAAAACUAAAACAAGAACAUGCGACAGAGAAAGAACAGUGGAAUUCCAGACUCCGAAAGGUAGAAGCACUGUAUGAAGAUGCUUGUGUUCUUGCAAAAAAUAAGAAAGGGGACAUGCUAAGUGAAAUAUCCACACUCCAAAAUACUAUUUGUGAACUGCAAAAGGAAAUCACUCACUUGUCAAAAAUGCAGGAGAAAUAUAAGUUCUUAGGAAAUGAAAAUUCAGACUUAAAAGUUGUUGCGUCUCAGCUCCAAAACACCUCAGUCCUCCUUGAAGAAGAAAGAAUUGUGCUGAGGAACCUACAAAAUACACAUGAGAAAACUGUCAAAGAAAAUGUCAGAUUGAAUUCCGAAAUCUCUAGAUUACAGGAGAAACUGGGUGUACUAGAGAAUAACCGCAUCGUAAUUGAAGCAGAGGGAAAAGUAGCCUUGGAAGUUCUGGCGGACGGAGAAGGUCAUGGCCAAGUUCACAGUGAUAUCGCUCACCAUUAUGUGGAAGCCUUACAAGAUGUGAAUCGAAGACUUCAGUACAAAAUGGAGGAGCUUGAACAUACAACAGAGGUGUUAAGAGAUCUUGAGAAAUGCUACAAGGACACUAAAAUAGAGAAUGGUCAUCUCAGAACCCAAGUCCUGCUACUUCAGGAAAAUUUAAACCAUUGUACUUUGGAAUACAGCCUUGUAAAAGAAAUCAUAAACUCUGAGGAUUUCGAACUACCUGAGCUUGAAGAAGCUCCUAUCACGAUUCCUGGGUUAAAAAUGCUGUUGGCUGUUGCCAAAAAGGAAAAUAUACAGCUUAAGGAAAAUAUGAAAUCGAUGGAGUUUAAAAAUAAGGAAGCUAUGGAAAACAAUAGAGCCCUUUCCGCUGAUGUCUUGUGGCUGCAAAAAGAGAUACAAAAUAUGGAAGAAAUGGCAGAAGCGUCACUGAAGCUUGAAAAUAUGUAUGAGGACACCAAGAAGGAAAAUAAGGAACUCAACAUGCAAGUUACUCAACUACAGGAGAAGUUACACAAGUUGGAAAGGAAACCAUUAAUAAAGUUAGUGUUUGCAGAUAAAGAAAUUCAAACAGCUGACUCAAAAAGUGACGUAAACCGCUUAGGGCACGGUGCUGAACAUGUUGAAACCCAAUCGCCAACAUCUCAGAAACACCAAGCCAACCUUCAGCUAUGUGAACUGGAAUAUUCUGAACCCAGGACAAAUGAGGUAGAUGAUAAAAGAUACAGUGAACACCAUAUGUCGAAACAAAAACAAGAACCACUGAAACAUUCUGUUCCGAUACGCAAAAAGAUUAGGAAAUUAGAAGACAACCUAGAAGAAGCGAAUAACCUUUCUACCAGUCCCCACAACGUGUUGGUAGAGGAUUGUGCAUUGAAAGCAAGAACUUGUGAAUUGAGUCCGCGAAAUAGGAAUAAUUCUGAAAAGCAGCAUGACGUUGUGCCUGCACUCCAGAACAAGUGCUUUGAAAUGCAGAGGAAAGUUGAUCUCCUGAGAUGCGAGAAUAAGAAAUUGCAAGAAGCAAAUGCUGCGUUAAAAACUGAAAUAACAGCCUUGGAAGAAGAAUGCGAGACCCAUAACCAAAAAGUAACAGAGCUCCAGGAAGCUUAUGAAGAAAUGUGGGUUAACUUGGAGACUGCUCAGAAUGAGAAAACUGCUGUCCAUAAGACUGUGGAAAACUUAACCAAACAGGUGUCAGAGUUGAAAGCAAGGAACCAGCAGUUAGACUCUGAAAAUGCUGAAUUGUAUCUAAAGAACACGAAAAACCAAGUGGACAUUCAGGACAUGAACCGCAGGCUGGUGACCUUCCUGAAGCAGAAGGACCGGAAGGAAUCUGCAAAGGGCUUGGAAGAGUGGCAGAAAGAGCGAUGCAGAUUGAAAGACGAGAUUGAAGUUUAUAGGUCGAAGGUAUCGGAUGCAGAAAAGGAAUUAUCUACCGUUAAGGUGCACAGCCGUUUCUUGGAACAAGAAAACACACUUCUAAAGCAAGAAAUUGAAACCAAACAGCUGUCAAAAUGCUCGGAAAUGGCCGAGCUCAAGAAUGAGAUUUCCGCGUUGUUGAAUAAAAAUGAAAAACUGACAAAGGAGAAAGAAACUCUUAACGAUGAACUGAACAGAUGCGUAGAAAAGUCUGCUAAAGUCAGUUAUCUAGAGGGUCAGAUUGCAAGUUUAAAGCAGGAAGAGAAGUCCUGGGAACAGCAGACUCAGGGACUGAAAGGACAACUCUCCGUCUCGCAUGAAAAGGUCCAGAGUCUGGAGGAAAGCCUGCAAAACGUGAACAUUCAGAUGUCCCGGAUCAAGUCUGAUCUGCGGGUUGCCCAGCAAGAGAAAGAAGCUCUAAAACAGGAAGUGAUGUCAUUGCACAAACAGCUGCAAAACGCCAACGCCAAGAACCAGGUCCUAGAAAUGACUGUGCAGUCUUCAGGCUUACAAAACAAUCAGAAAAAACGCUACUGGGACGACCUAGAACAGCUGAUGGAACAAGAACAGCACAUUUUGAGGCAAGAGAAUGAAAGGCUUCAGAAGGAGGUUCACAAUACAAAGUCUGAAUUAGCCCUGUCCAGAGAAAAGAUUCGGCAAAUGGAAUCAACAUUGCUUUCUUUGAAGCAGCAGAAACAACACAGCCAGUCUAGUAUGGUCAAGAUACUGGAGCGGGAAAAAUCAAGUCUAAGACAAGAGUGUGAUCAUCUACAGAAGGAACUUAUGCUGGCCAACAGAAAGAUCAGCCAAAUGAGCUCGCUUAACCGGGAAAGCAUGAAGAUGGAAAAUGAAGGCUUAAGAAGUAAUUCCGGGAAAUAUGACGAGCAUCUGAUUGAUACCCUGCACUCUGCUUCCAGUGUGAUGGUUAACCACUCUCCGCUCCACCAGCAAGCCUGUGCCGCCGACCCCAAGGACCAGUACUUAUAUCUCCAGCAACAGUUACAGCAGGCAGAUCGGAGAAGCCAGCAACAGCAGGCAACAAGCCGGAGCUCUGAAACAGUCCACCAGCCACAGGCCUUGCUUCCGGAGCAACGAACGCUGCAUGCAGACUCCUACAGACGGAUCGGCCGCCUCUGAAAAGCGACUUCUAUUGAAAGCCUAAAAACUAACCUCCUCUAACAAACUCUACUGGCAUGAGCUGAGAAAUCUCAAACGCUUUGCUUUUUAAUCCUAAACUUUGCAGUAUUACUUCCACGUGUAAUUAUUGGUGUAGAAAUCAUUUUGUGUAAAAUAUGUUAUUUAAAAAACAAAAUAUCUUUUGUUAAAAAAAGAAGUAUUUAUGCUAUUUAUUAAAAACAAAGUUGAUGCAUUUCUCAUCAAAUAUUUUUGUUCCUUUUUUAAUGCUGUAACUUUUUUAACAAAAGAUUGUUUUAUACAAAGCAGUUUUGAUUUUGAAUUUGUCUAUGCUUGUAAGAUACUUUUGAACAGAACUUGAUGGGGUUGGUAAAUAAAAUUCUUUUAAUGAUAACA